CAGAUCUUGACCGAAUCCUCAUGAGAAUAUACACGUUUCUCUUGAAUCUGAAUUAAGAUCACUGUCAUUACGAUCUUUUCAUUAUUUUCCAAGAUGUUUUCUCGUAGUAUUUUCCUGCUGGUGCUCACAGUCGCUUCCAGCAUUCAAGCACAAGGAACUCCUCCUUUUACGAACUCGUCGACAAUCUCAUCUACAUCCUCAUCCAGUUCGUCUUCGAGGGAUUCUUCAUCAUCGUCGCUCAGCACGUUGACUUCGUCGUCUCCAUCUUCUCAAUCUUCUUCAACGUCAAAACCCUCUUCGUCUUCGGCCUCAAGUACCUCCGCAUCCUCAAGAGACGCGUUGGGUCUACAAUUACCUCCAAGUUUAAACACUUCAAUUACCACAGCAUCUUCGUCUUCGUCCUCGUCCGGACUCCCAUCACUAAAUAGCAGCACCAUCACCAACAGCUCAACCUCUCUCGCAAGCGUGACUGGAAAAUGCUGCUUCGUAGUUCAAGAUACCAUCAGCGAGCAAUGGUGGGCCAAAACCCGCCUCAGUUCCGCCGUCCAGGAAGUCAACGUAACGUCCUUCAUCACCUAUUAUACUAAUCUACCUAAUAUCACCACAUCUCGGACGGAGACAUUGGUUCUUCCAACGAAUGCUUCAUUUACUUGGACAUACCAGGUUGGAAGAAAUCCACUUUCCGGGUUCUUCAACCCUGCUCCAGGCCCGAUGGAAGUGACAUCUAUGUUGAAUGGGACUGCGACGAUGACUGCUGGUGUGUCAGUGAACUCACCAGCAGCAUUCUACGUGUAUAACACUGUCAAGGUAAUAACCGUAGACGCAGUGACCGAUAAACAAGGCAACGUCCAAUGUGCCCAAACAUCAAAAGGCAACAACAUGGAUGUCUUCAACGGGAUAAAUUCCAACGCAGAAGCAUACUUUGGCGGCCGGGAUAUCGCGACUUAUACCGUAAUUCCGACCAGCACAUCUUUCUACACGACCACCAAAACUGCUACAUCGUCAAAUGAAGCCUUCACGACAGUAUCUACCGGAUCUGUGUUGGGGUAUGAAACGAUUUAUCUCGAUGCAGCUGGAGAGCCGGCAGAUACCCAAAAUUUGCCAACAGGGACAAUGGUUGCUCUUCAAACACCCUUUAUUUACCAACCUCUGCGGGGACAGCAUGGCGCAGAUGGACCACCGGAUGUUUGCGCGCAAGGACCAGACAAGGAGGCAUACGGCUACCUCCCUCAAGUCGUGCUCGAUUACCUAGUGGAGAACCAGAAUCCAGAAUUGCAGUCUUGCUUACCAGGCGGACCGUCCAUUCUCCAGGCUGCGACCUGUACGGAGAUCGAACAGUUCUCUUCGACAGUACAGCAGGUGGCUUCCGAUUUAACGAGCUCGGUGACGAUAUAUGUUGGGAAGCCGGUGGUUCCAACGCCUGAGCCUAAACCUGAGCCAAAGCCAGAGCCUAAACCAGAGCCCAAACCAGAGCCACAGCCCAUUGAGCAGCCGAAGCCAGAGUCAGAGCAGAAGAUUAGUCCUGUACCGAUCCCGUUGCCGGUGACGGAUUCGCCUCUUGUGCAGCCAAAUCCAAAUCCACCGCAACCGACGGGUGCUGGGCAGAUUCUGCCGAGUCCAAAUCCAAAUCCCAAUCCCCCCAAUCCAAACCCACCGAGCCCUCCCGAUUCAGGCGUCGACGGGCCUGUCCGUCCCUUCACCGUCCCUCAGCCACCUCCAUCUCCGGCACCCGUGCCACCUCCAGCCAACCCAGGAAACUCCAUUGGCGCCAUCAUAAACUCCAUGUUCGGUAACCCACCUCCUCCCGUUGUUCCAGCCCAGAAUCCUCCCCAGGGAAACCAAAACCCAAACCCCGGACCAGCUGCUCCAGUCAUCAUCCCAGCAGCAACCACUAUUCCUAUUGCUCAGGCACCGCCUGGAGCGGUUGGUAGUUCUGCGAACAUAGGAGGAACGCCCGUGAUAAUAAUUCCUGGUCCGACGACUAUCGCUCAGCCUGGGCAAGGACAAGUGCAAUUGCAAGGGCAAGGAGCAGGCGCAGCACAACCGGCACCUCAACCGAUCAUCAUCCCGGCCGCAACAACGAUACCAGCUGCGAAUGCGCCGCCAGGAGCAAUGGGCAGCGUGAUCAAUAUUGGAAAUACCCCAUUCCUGGUUAUUCCCGGUCCAACAACGAUCCAGCAACAACCAGGAGGUGGUGUAUUUCCCACUAGUGUGAUAGAUGGCUCGACAGUUCUUGUGAUUCCAGGCCCGACCUCGAUACCGCUUGCGAAUGCACCUGCUGGCUUGACAGGCACUACAUCGACAAUCAACGGCGUGCCGUUUUUGAUCAUUCCUGGGCCAACAAAUGUACCCGCUCCAGCUGGAGUCGAACAAGGGACAUUUCCAACAACUGUUAUAGAUGGAUCGACUCUUCUCGCAAUCCCUGGGCCGACAUCGAUACCCCUUUCAGAUGCUCCAGCGGGCCUCACCGGCCAAACUUCAACCAUAAAUGGAACUCCAUUCCUGAUUAUCCCAGGCCCGACCAAUAUCCCAGCUCCAUCUCCAAAUGUCGGAGCAGGAUCCGGGACAUUCUCGACAACUACUAUAAACAAUACUCCAUUCCUCCUCAUCCCGGGCCCAACUUCCAUCCCGGCAUCUCUCGCUCCGCCGGGCUUACAAGGCUCCACAACAACUCUCAAUGGCACGCCGUUUAUCAUUGUGCCGUCUUCGACAAGUCUGCAAGCUAUAUCCCCAGGUACGACUGUGAUAUCAGGAGUUUCGAAUUUGGUACUGUUGGGUCCUACGACCCUGCCUGUGGACCCGAAGUUUUCGAUUUCGGGCAGCACGACCGUUAUUUCGGGGACGACGAUGGUUAUUGUGAGUGGUGCCACGACGGUACCGAUUCGGACUUCGAGUUCAAGCUCGAGUUCAAGUUCCAGUUCGACCGCUCAGCCGAGUGUGAGUAGGACAAGUACGAGUUCGGCGGGGGCGGCGCCGACUGGAACGGCGAAUUGGAUGGGUGGGUUGGGGGCGUUGGCUGGUGGAGUGGUGAUGGCUGUUUUGUGA